UCCAAAAACAUUACAAAUAUAUUUAUUGCUUGGGACAAAAGAAAAGACCCCAAAAAAAUAAAUAGAAAGAAAUGAGCGAAGACCAGGUAGAGAAACCUACAACCAAUGACGUAAAAGAAGAGGCCAACAAGAUUUCACCAACGCAGGGAGGCGUUGACGCGGCGGAUGACAAAGAUAAAGGUGUUGUCACCGAGGCCUCUGGUGGACAGGCGGAGGGAGAAGUAAACCAGAAAAAUGGGGUGGCAAAUCCUCCGGCAUCGGAAGGAACCAUUACGAUAGGAGAGGCUCUAGAGGCGGCUGUUCUUACAGCAGGGAAUAAACCGGUGGAGUGGAGUGACGCAGCCGCUAUACAAGCGGCUGAGGUUAGAGCCACGGGACGGACCAACAUCAUGCCCGGGGGUGUUGCCGCUUCUGCUCAAUCAGCUGCCACUCUUAACGCUCGAGCUAACUCCGAUGAAGAAAAGACUACGCUAGCCGAUGUUCUCACUGGAGCGAGAAGUAAAUUACCGUCAGACAAACCAGCAACGAGGAAAGAUGCGGAAGGAGUUACAGGAGCUGAGAUGAGGAACGAUCCCCAUCUCACUACUUACCCAACCGGAGUGGCCGCCUCUGUUGCUGCAGCUGCUCGGAUUAAUCAAUCCAAGUGAUACCAUUCUUCUUUCUUGGAACCUUAUUGAGAAGCCAAGCAUAUAAACUAACUUAUAUUUGUUUGUAUAUAUAUAUUGAUGUACAUAAGAUUUUCAAGCCUUUUUUACUGUACCUAUUUGAAACAGACGUCAGCUACAUUAUAGUUCAAUGAAUAA